AUGGAAAUCCCCUCAUUCCUACCCUUCUCUGCUGGCAAGAGUGACCAGGCUGACUGCACAUCUUCCCACACUUUGGGUCACAUACUAUUGUGGACAGCUCUGGUAUUCCUGGUUCCUGUUGCUGGAACAUCUGAAGAUCUUCCAAAGGCAGUGGUGAACUUGGAGCCACCAUGGGUCAAUGUCCUCCGAGAGGACAACGUGACUCUGAAGUGCCAAGGGACUCACACCCUUGGGGACGACUCCACCCAGUGGUUCCACAGAGGGAGCCUCAUCCCAACUCAGGUCCAGCCCAGCUACAGCUUUAAGGCCACCAUCAAUGACAGCGGGGAGUACAGGUGCCAGAUAGGCCAGACCAGCCUCAGCGACCCUGUGCAGCUGGAUGUAUCUUCUGAUUGGCUGCUACUCCAGACCCCUCACCUGGUGUUUGAGGAGGGAGAGCCCAUCGUGCUGAGAUGCCACAGCUGGAGGAACAAGCCUCUGUACAAGGUCACAUUCUUCCAGAAUGGAAAAUCCAAGAAGUAUUCUCAUGCAAAUUCUAACUUCUCUAUCCCACGAGCAAAUGUCAGUCACAGUGGAGAUUACCACUGUACAGGAGUACUAGGGCAGCUGCACCACUCACAGCCUGUGACCAUCACUGUCCAAGGGUCUAACAACUCGAUGUCUUCAGUGGAGAUGACAAUUGCAGCUGUGGUUUCUGGGAUUGCUAUAGUGGCCAUUGUUGCUGCCGUAGUAACCUUGUUCCGUCUCCGGCGAAAGCGGAGUUCAGCUCUCCUAGGAAACCCUGAGCACAGGGAAAUGGGAGUGACCCUCCCUGAGGAACCAGCCAAUUUCAUUGAUGAUGAGGAAGCUGCCAAAGUUGAGGCUGAGAAGACAGUCACCUAUUCACUUCUCCAGCACCCAGAAGGUCCGGAGGAAGAACCAGAAUCCCCAGACUACCAGAACACUGCUUAG